ACAAGACUCGACUGAAAGGCAAGCUCAGCGUCACAAAGUUAAAUAUGUCCACCACUUCUCUCGUGCAUCUAAGCUGAUUUGCUUUUCGGCUGCCAUUCAUCUCAUUAUAAGUCUGUCUGGUACGGAUCCUCACUAUCAACUAUCUACGCAUCAACAUCUCUCACGCCGUCGCGGAACUACUUACUAUAUCCUUCAAAAUCAAACACCCGACCAUCUUGCCCUCCCUUUUGUGCGCCUCAAAAUGCAGCUCACUACUCUGACAGCUUGCCUGGCGCUUCUCGUCAGCCCGGUAUUUUCUCAAAGUUGUAACAACGGCCGAGGAUUUUGCAAAGGCGGACGAUGCGAGCCAAAUAACGACCCGAGCGGCGCUGGCCCGUUUGUUGGUAACUUCAAGGAAUGUCAGACCGGAAACGGACGGUCUCAAGUCGACGAUUUCAUUUUGGGCGGCGGUAAUCAGGAUGCUCAAGUCAACGCCGGUGCUGCAUGCAAUAACGGCAGAGGAACUUGCAGCGCUCGCGGUGCAUGCGAACCUAAUAACGACCCCAGCGGCGCUGGACCGUUUGUGGGCACUUUUGAGGAGUGUUUUAGUUAGAGAUGGUGAAUAUCAUAUUCAAUACAA